AUGUCGCGAAGUGUCUUGCUAUGUCCGUGUAUGUCUGCAUCCCGGACAGGAUCCCAGGACGAGCCCGGAAGUCGUCCUCACGGCCGGCGGUCGGGAAUUGACGCUGCCCCUCACGGGCCUCAGGCUGGCGAUGCCCGUCCACCGCCCCAAACCCUCGGCCUAUUCCCAUCGGGAAAUGGGCCCGGGAGUAGUGCUGCGAUCUCCGCGCUCUCCUCGUUGCCCCCCCCCUCAUUCCCAUCUUUCUGCUGGCGUCUCCGCAUUUCGCUGGAGCGUGCCUUGAAAGUCUGGCAAACCACUCGGACGGUGACUGCUACUUCUCUUACUACUACUACUCUUACCGCUACUCUUAUUACUACUACUACUACUACUACUACUACUACUACUACUACUACUACUACUGUACUACUGGACUACUGGACUAGUGGACUAGGGGCCGUCUGA